AAAAUAAAAUGAAAAAGAUUGCGGUGUUGAUAGUGGCCGUAGGGCUGUGUUUGGCGGCGGCGGAAGAAGAGAAUCUGAAAGAGGAGUGCAGCAACGACUUACAAAAAGUGGUGAAUUGCUUCGAUUUCGCGACGGGGAAGGCGGCGGCGCCGGGGAAGGAAUGCUGCGACUCGGUGGAGGUUAUGAAAGAGAACAACCCUAAGUGUUUGUGUUUCUUUAUACAACAAACUCAUAACGGUAACCAACAGAUUAAGAAUUUGGGGAUUCAAGAAAUCAAGAUUCUUCAGCUUCCCUCUGUUUGUCACUUGAAAAACUCGAGCGUUACCUACUGUCCCAAGCUUCUCGGCUUACCUGCAAAUUCACCGGACGUUGCUAUUUUUAGCAAUGCCACGUCAUCAGUGUCGCCGGCGACGACUACGACGACUAGGACUGUCCCCGACGGUAGCUCUGGAGAUAAGAUGGUAGCCAAUACUCCCGCCGGUGCGAUGGCGGUGGCCAUCGCCGUGUUCUUUUUUACUGCUUUCCUUCCGCCGAUCAUGCGUGAGGAAUAAAACCACACCGCCGAUCAUCGGCGACGAUCGCGCUUCCGAUCUGUCGUUUGUCAUUUUUGUUGGUUUAAUUUUGUUGAUAUUGUUGG